GCGACGGACACUGUGAUUGUAGGGCUUUUCGGGGAGCCGGGAGGAAAAAAAGAAAAGAAAAGUUGCAUUUUUGUGAUGAAUGGAAGUGCUGACUAGGGUUCCCUUUGUUCUUCACAGGAAACGGACCUGCGGCUUUGUUUCUGAGCUAUAUGCUGCACGGCAACGUACCGAGGUACGAUCCGAUCACACAUGGUCCGCACCCGGACGCGGUGCUGCACGGCAAGCUGUCGAAGGAGGUGAACACGCCGCUGUACGAUGUACUCGAUUCGCAGAAGUCGUGCGAAUACCUGACGGAGCACUUCCACGCCUCCAACCACUCGUACUCGACUCAGGCUCUCCCGGUGAAUACGUUGCUCGACACGCUGCUGCGUCCAAACGCGAACACGGAGAUUGGAGAGUUGAAGUCUCGGUUGCGGUGGGAGCGGAAUCCCGCGAAGCGCGUCGACCAUAUCGUUCUGGGAUCUGCGGCGGAAUCUGGAGGCCAAUGGACCGAAGAGCCAAUUUCGGCAAAUUGGGACAUCGGCACACUGAGCUAUGCCGAGAUGUUUACGCUGCCGGGAUAUUCGUUUCCUGAACAUUACAAGCGAAUUCACAAGAAGCAGCUGCCCGAUCUGAUCCGACCGACGCGUCGAGAUGUCGCCUCGUAUUACGCUGCCUACCCUAAAGCCGUCGGAAUCUCGUCGGCGUUAUACUGCAACACUAAUGCCCAAAAAAUCACGCGAAACUCGCAGGGAUUCACGAUCCGGGUGCAGCGACGGAAGUCCGGUGAACCAUUCGUGAUCGUGUGCCGACACCUUGUGCUUGCCACCGGAAUCUUCACCUUCACCAUCCCCCCACCCCCGAUCUUCCUCCCUCUGCUCCAGAAGCCCCCACAGAUUCCCAAUCUGCGGUCCGACGCCCUGCCGAUCCUCGUCGUGGGGUCCGGUUUCACCGCCGCAGAUGUCAUCCUCAGCCAGAAUCCCGGCAGGAAGAUUAUCCACAUAUACAAAUGGAUGCCUUCGCGUCCGAGUCCACUGAAAGGGUGCCAUCCCCAGGCAUAUCCCGAGUACGCGCAGAUCUACCGACAAAUGAAACUGGCCACACUUCCCGCGAGCGCCCGCGGGGCCGCUACACCCCCGCUGCAACAGGAAUGCAGCCGCGACUGGAGCGCCAAUUACGAGGGCUUCCCGAACGCACAGGUCAUCACCGUCUCGGCGGAUGGCCAGAUCAAGAUCCUCACCGCAGACGACGAGGUGAUCGAGCGGUCCGUGUCGGAACUCAAAUACUGCGCGGGGCGCAAAGGGAGUCUUGGGUACCUUUCCGCCGAGCUACGGAAGGAAGUCGGAGUCGUCGACGCCGCGUGGGUUUCGGCGGACACGAUGCGGAGACGAGUUGAGUCGGAUCUCGAAGUCGCGUCGAAUGUUUUCGUCGUCGGCUCCCUGACGGGCGACUCACUGGUGCGUUACGGACUCGGCAGCUGCGUCUACGCCGCCGGCAGGAUCGUCCGCGAUUUUGAGCGGGAUCGGUCGGCCAUCGAAGCCGCCGGUGGCGUGCAGGGUGGCAUCGACAGAGGUGUCGGUAUCGUUGUCAACAAGAACGAUAAGACGUGGGGGGGCUGCACGAUUUGCUGAUUGUUAUUCUUGCUAUCUACCUAUGCAUACAUCUAACUGUUCUAUCUAUCUAUCUAGAAGGGGUGGGGGGUGGCGUGGCGUUUGUGUUUUAUACCAGUGUUGUUGGCGGG